AUGGAAAUUGUCACUUCCGUUGGUGGGAAGCUAGCUGACUAUGUGUUUGCAGCUGCUGGUGAUCAACUUGUUUAUUUGUUUCAGUACAAUGACAACAUUCAAAAAUUGAAAAAGCGAGUUGAGAAGCUGAGGGAUAGCAGAGACAUGGUGCAAAAGAAAAUCGAGUCUGCUGAAAGAAAUGGAGAGAUCAUCUUUGAUAUUGUUCAAAAGUGGUUAGCUGAAGUUGAUGACGUUUCUGCAAAAGCUGAAAAGUUUUUGGAAGAUGAAGGCAAAGCCAACACGAGGUGCCCCAUAGAGUGGUGCAUUCAACGUUGUCGAUUUAGUAAGGAGGCAAAAAAGCAAACUUCGACGAUUUUUCAUCAACUUCAAGAUUUAGGAAAGUUCGAGAGUGUGUCAUAUCCUGCUCCUCCAUCUGGAAUUAUAUUGUCAUCUCAGGUAAUUAAUUCUAGCACAUUCAAAUCUAGAAAUUCUAUUAAGAAGGAAGUUGUGAAGGCCUUAAUUGAUGAUAAAAAUGUCAGCAAAAUUGGAAUAUGUGGUAUGGGGGGUAUUGGUAAAACCACACUAGUUAAAGAAAUCGGCUACCAUGUAAAAGAAGCCAAGGAGUAUGAUGUUGUCGCGAUGGCGGUUGUCUCUCAAACCCCUAAUAUAAUGAAUAUUCAAGGUGAGAUUGCUGAAAUGUUGGGUUUAAAUUUUCCUCCGACUCAUUCUAAAUUAGCAAGAGCAGGUUCAUUAUGGGAGAGAAUAAGAAAAGAGAAGCGAGUCCUUAUAAUCUUAGACGAUGUUUGGGAGAUAAUUACAUUGGAUGAGAUCGGUAUUCCUUUUGGGAAUGACCAUAGAGGAUGUAAAAUUUUGAUCACCUCUCGAAGCAAAGAUGUAUGUAAUGGAAUGGAGUGCCAAAAGAUAUACACAGUUGAAACUUUAUCUAAACAAGAAUCCUGGGAACUUUUUAGUAAGAUUGCAGGCUCGAUUGUUGAAAAUUAUGAUAUUCAUCCAAUUGCAAGAGAGGUAAAUACUAAAUGUGGGGGAUUGCCACUUGCAAUUGUGAUAAUAGCGCGAGCCUUAAAUGGUAAGAACAAGCAUAUGUGGAGCAAUGCAGCACAACAACUUAAAAUAUCUACCCCUUUAAGCAUCCCGGAGUUGGAGAAAAAUGUUAUUUCAUCUUUGGAACUAAGCUUCAAUUACCUCGAAAACGAAACAAAAUCACUUUUUCUGUUUUGUAGCUUAUUUCCAGAGGAUUACAAAAUUUCUGUUGAAGAUUUGGUCAGAUAUUGGGCAGGUUUGAAGUGGUUUGGAGAUACCUAUGAGGCGAUUGAGGUUGUCAGAAACAGAGUUCAUGCUAUUGUAAGUACUAUAACCUCUUCUUUUCUCUUGAUUGAAGAAGGUGAAAGGUAUGUAAAAAUGCAUGAUGUUAUCCAUAAUUUUGCAAUAGCUAUAGCUCAUAGGCAUAAAUUCAUGGUAAAUGCUACAUUGGGACAUAGAGAUAAAUUUGAAGAUUUCACAUGUAUCUCAUUGAUGACAAAUUAUCUUGGCGAGCUACCUAAUGAGUUGGAAUACCCAAAUUUGCAAGCUCUAUUGCUGCAUGAAAGUUUGGUUGUCCCUAGUACUUUCUUUGAGAAAAUGAAUAAUCUCAAAGUUUUAAACUGGGGGCAAACAUACAUCGAGACAUUGCCUAAUUCAUUUUCAUUUCUCACAAAUCUUAGAACAUUAGAUGUUAGUGCUUCCAAGUUGGUUGAUCUAUCAGUAAUUGGAAGGCUAUGUAAACUUGAGAUUCUUUCCCUUUCUAAUUCUAGACUUGUUAAGGAGAUCCCUUCAUCUUUUAGUCAAUUAACUCACCUCAGGUUGUUAGAUUUGAAUAAGAUGAAUUUAGAAUUAAUACCUCGUGGUGUUAUAUCCUCUCUUCCAAAGUUAGAGGAGUUGUAUGUUAAUCAUUUUGUUAAAUGGGAAUCUGAAAGCGGUAGUAAUGCCAAUCUUGUUGAGUUAGAAGCCUUGUCCCAAUUGACUAGAUUACAUGUUUUUAUUCCAAAUAACCUGGAGUUCUCACCAAAAUUCUUGCCAUUCCAAAAACUAUCCAACUUUAUCUUAGUUAUAGGUGAUUGUCCAUUUACCUUCUUUGAAUCUCAUUCGGAUAAAUAUUUGAGUGACUCAAGAAAUAUGAAGAUCUCAAAGACUAACAUUUCAAUGAUAUAUGACAAACUUAGAGAUUUAGUCAAAAGAACUGAGAGUUUAAUUUUAGAAAAUAUUGUUAAUUUAGAGAGUAUUAGUCAUGACCUAGUUGAAGAAGUGUUCAAUGAUUUGAAGUAUCUCUAUAUUGCAAGGUGUGAUAAGAUAAGGUUUCUCUUCAAUACAUUGGAAUGGACGCCAAACUCGACUUUCCACAAUUUAGAGGAAUUGUGUAUCCUUGAUAUGCACAACCUUGUUGCAUUAGAAAUCCUCUUCACUCCCUCAAUUGCCAAACUCUUGGUGAAGCUCAGAAAACUUGAUGUAUUUUUCUGCUCAAGAACACAAGAAAUAAUCACGGAUGAGAGAGGAGAAAAAGAAGCGCCACUAGAGAGCAUUGUGUUUCCUAGUCUGGAGGAAUUGUAUCUGUCUAAACUACGCAAACUCACUUGUUUUAGCUCUGGGCCAUAUACUAUUGAAUUCCCAAAUUUGGAAUUCUUUAAGAUUUUUGAAUGUAGAAAAAUGAAGACCUUCGGUUCUAGAAAGCCAGUGACACCCAAGCUUAAAGAAGUGUUUUUUGAAGGUACUGGACGUUGGAAUGGCGACCUCAAUACCACAUUGGAAGAGUUCUUCAAUGAACAGGAAAAUAAGGUUGCAAGAGAACUAGCUUAA